UAAAAUAGUGUAUAACAGAUGUAACUUCUAAAAAUUAAUUGCGAAAAAUUAUUAAUUUAAACACAUGUUUAUUUUUAGAAACUUUUGUCCAACUAGAUUUGGAAUUCAGCCCACUGUGCGGCGUCCACAGUGCAAAAAAUAGAUUAAAGCAUUUUCCAGAAAUUGUUGGAGACAAUAUAAAAUUAAAUAGCCAUAGCCUCGCAUUUUCCUUAAUGCUAUAUAAAUUAAUGUUCAUAUGUGCUACCAUAUGCACAUUUAAAGGUAUUAAAUAAUGGGAAACAUAUUUUAAAAUAAUAAAUUGUAUAUAUUUAAAUCAUAGCAAAUAUAUCUGAGCGAGAGUGGAUCGAGUGGGUGGUAAUGUUAUGAAACAGUUUACCUAAAAAUAAAUAUGGUACACAGAGAAAUAUUUCACUUGUGAGCCAUUUUAAAGAAAAUGAAAAGUUUAUUGCUAAUAAGGUGAAAAAACAUAUUCAUUUGUUAUAUAUAUACAUUGCGUAUGUAUGUACUUAAGAAUUACUGAUAUUAUUGAGAGCGUUCUAUCCUUGCAUCGUGCCAAUGCUUUGAAGAAGAGACAUUUUUAGCACAGGGAUCAUGGGAAUAGUUCUAAAUUUUUAUAUUCACUGAAUUUCGACUAAGUGCUAUUUUCCGAAAAAAUAUUAACAAACAAUCCAGUGAUAAAAUUGCAUAUCUAGAUUUAUGAUAUAAGCAUACAUACUUAUGUACAUAUGUAUAUAUUAUAUUUAUAGCUGCAUAUACUAAAAUAUUUGUGUUGAUUUGUACGUAUAGAAGCAUGUAAACACAUUUUCAGUCAUAUGUUUAUACAUUUUUGCAGAUAUGCAUAAGUACUUGAUUGUCAAGUCUUUCCUGUAUUUGUUCGUUUCCCUCAAAAGAGAGACUGCCUCAAAGUGCGAUCUCCUGCACUUUCCUAACGAGUCGCCCAGUGGUCGGAGUCAUGAAAUAGUAUCAAGAAGUGAAUAUACAUAUUUACAUGGCUAUGUGUAUUUACAUACAUAUGGUGCCGUAAAGAUACAAAUAGUGAAUUGUACGUUUUCAUCUUCCUACCACUGAAACAAUUUGGAGUUGGCAUUGCUCUUUAAUUUCUCGGUUAGUUUCGCCGCCCACCCACACAUUUUCGGUAUUUUAUAUCAUAUUUACAUGUAGGCAAACAUGUAGAUAUUUAUAUAUGUGUGUAGAUGUGUACAUUUGCGAAAACAAAAUAGCAUCUACAUAUCUUGUUUGAAGCACUUCAUAUUCUCACAAGUACGAGUAUUUUACUCGUUAUACCGUUUGUUUACUUGGAAAUAAGCAUACAAAGGUAUGCACCUUCAUAUGUACAUAUAUAUAUAUCUAUAUAUAUAUAUAUAUAUGUAUAUUCACAUAUUCGUGGAUAAAACUGUAUGAACGAGUAUAAUUGAGCAUCGGUAAGAUUGCGUUGCGGUUACAGCGCGAUUUUCAUUGCUUUGGGGCGCAGUUUGUCCAAACGCAGAUCAUUGGCGCAACAUUAGUUUUGAGUUGGCUACCAACGCGAGCGGGUCAUUCUCUUUUCAAGCGAAACAUUUAAUAUUAAGCAUACUCCGAACGAAUUAAAGUACUUUAAGAACGCCCAUCUUACAUCCUUCUAAGUUUCAACCUUAAAUAAUAAAAUUUACAUGAUUUUGCUAAUUGGAACAAAUCAACAAUUCUAGAAACGAAAUACAAACAAUUAUUAUACAAAAACCUUCGAUACGAAAUUUAACGGAUAAUAACUGUAAAGAAAGCAACAUGAUGAUGGAGAACGGACUCUCCAUGGAGUAUGGAGAUGGCUAUAUGGAGCAGGAGGAAGAAUGGGAGCGAGAAGGACUUUUAGAUCCCGCGUGGGAGAAACAACAGAAGAAGACAUUUACGGCGUGGUGCAAUAGUCAUUUGCGCAAAGCUGGCACAUCUAUUGAUAAUAUUGACGAGGAUUUCCGUAAUGGAUUGAAGUUGAUGUUGUUGUUGGAAGUUAUUUCCGGUGAAACUUUGCCAAAACCCGAUCGAGGCAAAAUGCGCUUCCAUAAGAUCGCGAAUGUCAAUAAGGCGCUGGACUUCAUCGCAUCGAAAGGUGUGCACUUGGUAUCGAUUGGCGCUGAAGAAAUUGUGGAUGGCAAUCUGAAGAUGACUUUGGGCAUGAUUUGGACCAUCAUUUUACGUUUUGCUAUUCAGGAUAUUUCCGUUGAAGAGAUGACUGCUAAAGAAGGCUUGCUGCUAUGGUGUCAACGCAAAACUGCUCCCUAUAAGAACGUCAAUGUUCAAAACUUCCACCUUUCAUUCAAGGACGGUUUAGCAUUCUGCGCCUUGAUUCACCGUCAUAGGCCUGACUUGAUUGAUUAUUCCAAACUCUCCAAAGACAAUCCAUUGGAAAAUCUCAACACUGCCUUUGAUGUUGCAGAGAAAUAUCUCGAUAUUCCAAGGAUGUUGGAUCCAGAUGAUUUGAUCAACACUCCAAAGCCGGAUGAACGCGCUAUUAUGACUUACGUGUCCUGUUAUUAUCAUGCUUUCCAGGGAGCUCAACAGGUUGGAAAUGUGACGCAUGUACCCGAACCCACAAGACAAUACACCUACGUCCCGAAUUACAAUGCGGAAACUGCAGCUAACCGUAUUUGCAAAGUGCUCAAGGUGAAUCAGGAAAAUGAGCGUCUUAUGGAGGAGUAUGAACGGCUAGCCAGCGAUCUUUUGGAGUGGAUACGCCGCACCAUGCCAUGGCUAAACUCUCGCCAGGCAGAUAAUUCUUUGGCUGGUGUUCAAAAGAAAUUGGAGGAAUACCGUACUUAUCGCCGCAAACACAAGCCGCCACGUGUUGAGCAAAAAGCAAAACUCGAAACUAACUUCAACACUUUGCAAACGAAACUUCGUUUAUCCAACCGUCCAGCCUACUUGCCAACUGAGGGCAAGACCGUCGGCGAUAUUUCAAACGCCUGGAAAGGUUUGGAACUAGCCGAGAAAGCUUUCGAAGAAUGGCUUUUGGCUGAAACUAUGCGCUUGGAACGCUUGGAGCAUUUGGCUCAAAAGUUCAAGCACAAGGCUGAUGCUCAUGAAGAUUGGACACGGGGUAAGGAGGAGAUGUUGCAGUCUCAAGAUUUCCGUCAAUGUAAAUUGAAUGAGUUGAAGGCACUCAAAAAGAAGCAUGAGGCUUUUGAAUCCGACUUAGCCGCUCAUCAAGAUCGGGUAGAACAAAUUGCAGCUAUUGCUCAAGAGUUGAACACUCUGGAAUAUCAUGACUGUGUUUCUGUUAAUACUCGUUGCCAGCGUAUCUGUGAUCAAUGGGAUCGCUUGGGUGCGCUCACUCAACGUCGUCGUACAGCUUUGGAUGAGGCUGAACGCAUUUUGGAGAAAAUUGAUAUUCUGCAUUUGGAGUUCGCUAAGAGGGCCGCUCCAUUCAAUAACUGGUUGGAUGGCACCCGUGAAGAUUUAGUUGAUAUGUUCAUUGUACAUACAAUGGAGGAAAUUCAAGGUCUCAUACAGGCGCACGAUCAAUUCAAAGCUACAUUGGGAGAAGCUGACAAGGAGUUCAAUUUGAUUGUGAACUUGGUACGUGAAGUAGAGUCUAUCGUUAAGCAACAUCAAAUUCCUGGAGGAUUAGAGAAUCCCUACACUACACUUACUGCCAAUGACAUGACGAGAAAAUGGAGUGACGUUCGUCAGUUGGUACCUCAACGUGAUCAAACUCUUGCGAACGAGUUACGUAAGCAACAAAAUAAUGAAAUGCUACGAAGACAGUUUGCCGAAAAGGCGAAUAUUGUUGGACCAUGGAUUGAACGACAGAUGGAUGCUGUUACUGCUAUCGGAAUGGGCUUGCAAGGUUCUCUUGAAGACCAAUUGCAUCGCCUUAAGGAGUAUGAACAGGCUGUGUAUGCCUACAAGCCUAACAUUGAAGAAUUAGAGAAGAUCCACCAGGCUGUACAGGAAUCGAUGAUAUUCGAAAAUCGUUACACUAAUUACACAAUGGAAACAUUGAGAGUUGGCUGGGAGCAAUUAUUGACUUCCAUCAAUCGUAAUAUUAAUGAGGUGGAAAACCAAAUUCUAACACGUGAUUCCAAGGGAAUCAGCCAAGAGCAAUUAAAUGAGUUCCGCUCCAGUUUCAAUCACUUUGACAAGAAUCGUACAGGCAGACUUACUCCUGAAGAGUUCAAAUCAUGUCUUGUUUCCUUGGGUUAUUCUAUAGGAAAAGACAGACAAGGCGAAAUGGACUUCCAAAGAAUUUUAGCUGUUGUCGAUCCCAACUCCACUGGUUAUGUGCAUUUUGAUGCCUUCCUUGAUUUCAUGACACGCGAAAGUACCGAUACCGAUACCGCUGAACAAGUUAUUGACUCAUUCAGAAUCCUUGCAGCCGACAAGCCAUAUAUAUUACCAGAUGAACUUCGACGUGAACUCCCUCCAGAUCAAGCGGAAUACUGCAUCCAGAGAAUGCCACCAUAUAAAGGACCAAACGGAGUACCCGGCGCUCUUGACUACAUGUCAUUUAGUACCGCACUGUAUGGCGAAACUGAUUUGUAAAAAGAGAAGUGUCAAAAAUACCGGAAACAUCGAAUAAAAAUCGUUAAUUCGUGAUAGGACGCCAAAUCGAAAGUACUCACGUAAUUGAAAAGUCACGAAGUCAUUAACCAGCAAAGUAGUGAAAUUAAUUCGUUUCCCAAAGUGUAUUUUUCGUAUCGUAUUUCCGGAUUUCUGACAUAAUUUUUUAACUAUCAUUACUAACACCCAUCAGAACGGUUUUCAUAGAUCAAUUCAAUAAUGUAAAAAAUUUGUUGUGCGUAUCGAAGUACAUAUCUAAAUAUAUGGAAUAAUGAGGGUACAAUAAUAACUCUGUGCAUGCAUAUGUAUGUACACUCGCCCAAAAUGCUUGCCAUUGCCAUCUUGUAUUUUAAAAUCCUAAAUUCAAACGUGAUUAUAUAAACAAAUUUCCUGAAUAGACGUUUUAGACGGGAUGAAAUAUGUGAAAGAGCUUUUUAAAUAGAUGAUUAUGAGGAAAAUUAAAAGCAAGAAAUAUAAUAUCAAUUCUCAAAUACAUUUCUUGGGCGAAUAAUAUAAAAUAUAUUUAUUUUUUGGAAAUUUUUGUUAUAUUAAUUUAAUAUUUAUUUUGAGAUUAUUUAUAAUGAUUUCAUAGCUCUUUAUUUAAUUCUAAAUACGUUUUAUAUAAUUAUUAUAUAAACUUAGUAUAUGUUACAAUGAUUGAGAAAAAGAGAAGAGAGGGCAUUAUAUGAUAAUUUGUAAGGAUUAUAGAAUGUUCCGAUUUUAUCAAAAUGAAGAACAUCCAUCAAACAUCCAUUAAAGUCAAAAAAAAUAUACUUUUGUAUAUUAGAUAUUCUGUCAACUAUACAUACAUAAAUUUGUGAGUUUUAAAUAAUCACAUGAAAGAGACAAAAAAUAUAAGUUCUCUAAUUAUUGUU